GGAGGACCUCGGGUGCAGAGGACAGAGGGGCGGGCGGGCUUCUGGGGCGUGCUUGGUGCCGGCGUCCAGCUUUCUGACUUUACCAGCGGCGCGGUACCGGAGGGCUCCCUGGAGGAGGGCUCCCAGAGCGGGGCCCAGGAAGCAUCCACAGGCUGCCUUCGCUUGCCAGGUGUCUCUCUCACGCACUGCUUAGAGCCCGUGUAGUAAAGGAAGAAGCUGGUACGGAGAGGCUAAGGGACGUGCCCAGUGUCAUCCAGCCCAGAGCCCAAGUCUAGGAACCGUCCGGACGUGGGGUGGGAGUUGGAGGCCCUCAGCAGCAGCUCAACAGACAGACAUGCUAAGAAAUCCAGGCAAGGCAUGCACUUGCAAUGCUUUCCGUCAGCUCGCGCGGCAACACAGGAGCAUCAGAUCCAUGCUGCUGCUGGCUCGGACACCCAAGGCUUGGCCCAGACUCUGUCAGCUCGGGGUUCCAGCCCUCCCCAGGAGCCCAGGAAGCAAGGCCCUGCCUGUGACACGCCAGCUCUGGUCAAGGCAGGGCCAGCCCCAGGGCCCUGGACUGCGGGCGAGGCUAAUGAUCACAGCUUUGAUUGGGGCUGGGCUGGGUGGGGCCUGGCUGGCCAUGAAGGCUGAGAAGGAGCGGGGUCAGCACCAGCGGCGGACAGCGGCCCUGCGCCAGGCUGCCGUGGGCCAGGGCGACUUCAGCCUGCUGGACCACCGGGGCCAGGCCCGCUGCAAAGCCGACUUCCGGGGCCAGUGGGUGCUGCUGUACUUUGGUUUCACCCACUGCCCGGACAUCUGCCCCGACGAGCUGGAGAAGCUGGUGCGGGCGGUGAGGCUGCUGGAGGCGGAUCCGGGCCUGCCCCCUGUGCAGCCUGUCUUCAUCACUGUGGACCCCGAGCGGGAUGACGUGGCAGCUAUGGCCCGCUAUGUGCAGGACUUCCACCCGCGACUGCUGGGCCUGACCGGCUCGCUGGAGCAGGUGGCCCAGGUGAGCCGCAGCUACCGUGUGUACUACAGCGCGGGCCCCAAGGACGAGGACCAGGACUACAUUGUGGACCACUCUGUGGCCAUCUACCUGCUCAGCCCCGAUGGCCUCUUCACGGACUACUACGGCCGAGCCCAGUCGGCCGAGCAGGUCGCAGCCAGCGUGCGGCGCCACAUGGCUGCCUUCCGCAGUGUCCUGCAGUGAGUGGGCGUUCCAGGUGCAGCUGUGUGCGUGUGAGCUGG